AUGGCUUCAGCCUCUUUCCUCCGCCAAGACGGCGACCUCGGCCACGAUCCCGAUCUCGACACGAACCGACUGCUCCCCACUUCCAACCGUCGCCGGAAGCGCCACCAGGUACGCGUCCAGGGCCGUCUUGCUCUGCCACAGCAGCAGAGCGUGGAUGACGACGCAAGCGGUACGGAUGAGGAGGACACGGUCGAGACCGCACGGCGUGACCGGCAACGGCGCGGCUACGGCAUAGGUGGUGCAGGAAAUAUCCGUCGGCCGACAGAAGUUACGUUUCCGUUAUCGAAGCGCCCAGGUGGUUUAACGCCGAGACCGAGAAGCGCGCACGGCUUAGGACGAGAUGGACGCGAGGAACGAGAUGAACGAGACACACGAGACGAACGGGCGGACUACGGCACGCGUGAGUCGAGGCCAUGGGCAUGGAUGCGGGGCCUGCUAGGACGUCGGGGCAUACGGGCGCCGGAAACUGUGCCAUGA